ACGAGCUGGGCGAAGACUCCACCACCAUGCAGCUCAUCGUCAAGGCCGCGCCCAAGAUCAAGAAGAAGAUCGACAACCAGACCUGCAUGCUCGGCUCCACCCACACGGUGACCAUCGAGAUCGAAGGCCAGCCGGCCCCCGAGGUGUCCUUCUACAAGGACGGCGUGGAGAUCAAGAGCUCGGACCGCGUGAAGAUCGUCAAGGAGUCCGACGAGGUGUACAAGAUCAUCAUCAGCGACGCCAAGCUCACGGACAGCGGCUCGUAUUCUGUUGUUGCUAAGAACGAAGUGAACCAGUGCUCGGACUUCUGGCAGUGGCACGUGACGUCACCGCCGCGCAUCGUCAAGAAGCUCGGUGAAAGCAAGGUCUGCGAGGAGAAGGAAACUGUCACCUUCAAGCUGGAGACCGAGGCCGAGCCUGCGCCUACUGUCAAAUGGUUCAAGAACAAGACGGAACUGACGGAGUCAUCUGCUGUAAAGAUGACGUCAUCAGGCAACGCGCACCAGCUCGUGAUCACCUCUGCUGCUCGCGCCGACGCUGGAGAAUACUCCUGCGAGAUCCGCAACAUCCACGGCACUGCCACGGACGCGUGCCGGCUUAACGUGCGAAGCGCGCCCGUGUUCACGCAGAAGCUCAGUGACGUCACCGCCAGUGAAGGCAGCGUCAACGUCGAGUUCACCGUGUCUGUGGAUGCCUACCCCGAGCCCAGCGUCAAGUGGUACCUGGGAGAUGUGGAGAUCACUGAGAAGAAGUCAGUGUUCACUCGCGUGGAUAGCGGCAGCUCGCACAAGCUCAUCCUCAAAGAAGUGGCGGCUGAGUACGCCGGCCGCUACAGCUGCCGCGUCAGCAACGAGCUGGGCCAGGACGAGUGCCACGCUACAUUCACUGUCAACAGAAAGCCUCGCUUCACCAAGAGCCUGGUGGACAUGACGGUGGAUGCAGGCAGCACGCUCAAGCUAGAAGUCGAGGUGGAGGGCUGCCCCGAGCCCAAGCUGCGCUGGUUCAAGGACGGACGUGACGUCACCACCGACGCGCGCAUCAAGAUCGAGAGGGACUCCAACAGAUUGGAGAACUACCACCUAACCGUGACCCUUGUGAAGGAGGAAGAUGGCGGCGAAUACGAAGUGCGCGCCGAAAACGAGAUGGGAAGCGUCUCUUCCAAGAGCACUGUCACCAUACAUACGAGAGAAGUUCAUUCAUUCACAAAAGAAAACAUUGUCGAAAAUGAAAUCGAGGAAGAUAGCAAAUCGAGUAAAAAACUGGUAGAAGAGAAAGUGGAUACUGGAGAAAAGAAAAAGGCAGAGAAGGGGAAGACCAAACCAGAAGAGGCCGAGGAGAAGUCAUUCUGGGAUGAUGUAGAGGAAGACGCUGUCAAAAAGACUAAGGUUGAAGAUGUCAAAACACCAGCACCAAUCAAAGCCCAGAAGUCGGUGACCGAACCCGAAACUAUUGAAGAGAAGUCCAUUUGGGAUGACGUAGAUGAUGAUGGUCUUGCCAAGAAACCCAAGGUCGAAGAAGUGGACGCGCCAAAAGGGAACCAAGCCAGAAAAUCUGUGUCUGAACCAGAGGUUGCCGAAGAAAAGUCGAUAUGGGAUGAGAACCACAACGAGCAGAACAAACAACCCAUUAUUGAAGAAGUUGACACCGAACCCCAGGCGGGCAAGAAGACUCGCACGCAAGCCGAAGUUAUCGAGGAAGUACCGAUAGACGAGGACAUCAAGACGCCCAAACGUAAAUCGGUUAAAAAACAGUCUGUUACAGAAGAACCUUUAAGUGCUGAAACUGAAGGCCGAGUGUUCGAAACAGUAACCACGUUCAAGACGGGCGACGACGGGUCGAUUGUAAUGUCUAAGGUCAGCAGCUCGCGGGCCCACGGCGCCAUCAUCACAGGUCCAGCCGAAACGCGCACUUUACACAAAAUGACCUCCACUGCCGUUUAUUACGAUGAUGAUGACGAAUUUGAAGGCAGGAGGAUAAUCCAGCCGACCAAACCUCACUCAACUUCCUUAGAGGUCGAAGAGAUAGCCAGCCAUAGUUAUUUCUUAACUGAUAUGGGAUAUUACACAAUACCUGAUCACGUGAGGCGAGGGACGUACGGAAUCAUUGAAGAACCACAGACAGAUUCUGAAGCUGACAAUAACUCUAGAUGCGGAAGACAGAGUCAUAACAGAACAAUCUCGAUUAUGUCAAUGUCAGAAGACGAGAUGAGCUGGCAGAGCUCACCACUCUCACGAGAAAUCUCUAUCGAAGACCUUUCUAAAUCUAUUUUCGAUAUCGAUGAUACAAAGAAAGUGUUCAGCAAAGAUUCUUAUGUACGUCAAUCCUCGUUCAAAGAAGACUAUUUCACUGAUGAGGGAGACGAAUCAUUUAUUGUCCGAGAGAAAUCUCAAAAAGUCUACGAGAAUGAUAUCACAGAGCGACUCAUACAUAUCUCGAAGGAAUUUGACGAAAACGAAAUCAAAUCUGUGGAUGAGAAGAUAGAUGAUGUUAAAAAUAGAAUUUAUGAAGAAUUAGUAUUAGGGCCCUUGAAGAAUUUAGAUAAUAUAACGAAAGACGUGACCGAAACGACGGUAGAGAAAAAGAAGAAGCAAGGAUCGAAAUUGUUUAUUGUAGAGGAAGAAGAAGUGGACGACGACUUAGAAGCGCUGUUGAGACGAAGUCAGAGACAAAGGAGCAUUCUUGACGAUAUUCUGUCACACGAAGAAGAAAAAGCACCCCCCACAAUCAAAGACAGUUCCAUGUCGGAUAGCACCGCGUUCGAGUCUUUGCCUCUGACCUACACGGUUGAGGUCAACGGGAAUCCCGCGCCUGCUGUGCGUUGGCUGCACGACGGCAAAGAGGUCAAGCCCUCCAAGAGAGUACAGAUCACAAACGACGGCGGUCUGCAUAAACUGGUCAUAGACAAGGUGGACAUGAAGGACGCCGGCAAAUGGGAGUGUGAAGUGAGCAACGAUCUUGGCAAGAAGGUGCAGCAAGCUCAGCUGAGUGUGCAACCUGCGAGUGACUACCGCAAGCCAAUCUUCACGAGCCCACUAGAAGCCCAACGUGUGAUGCAACGCGAGCCCGUCACUCUUCGUGCUGUAUGCACGGCUGACCCACUACCGCAUGUAUCCUGGUUGCUUGAUGGACGGGAAUUGGUCCCCGAUGCGACCUUAGUGGCUGAUGUGCAAUCCACGCCUAUUGACCACGGCCUGAACGAGUGUGUCUUCACGCUCAAUAUCCCUACUGGUCGUCACGCUGAUACCGGUGUGUACACGAUCCGUGCCAAGAACGAGUACGGCGUUGGCGAGAGCUCGGCGCGGCUCGACAUCUUACUGCGGCCUGAGAUCGAGGGGCUGCAUGACGUCACCGCGGCGCCCUACGAGGAGACCACCUUCAUCGCCAACGUGCGCGCCAACCCUAUCGCCGAGGUUCAAUGGAGUAAAGACGGCCUAGUCAUCAAGCCGUCCUCGCACUUCGAGAUCUCCGAAGACAAGGCGGCCGAGACGCACUCGCUUGCCAUCAAGAAGCUGGGCGUGGACGACGCCGGUGUCUACGCCAUCACCGCCAAGAACGAGCUUGGAGAGACCGCUAUGCAAGCCAAGCUUACUAUUCACACUGGCGAGCCGAUAUUCGUGAAGCCUCUCCAAAAGGAGACUGUGAAAGACUACGAUGACGUCACUCUCAAAGUGCGUUGCGACGGCGUGCCCAAACCCGACGUGUUGUGGUACAAGGACGGAGAAGAAAUCGUUAAUGAUGAUCGCCAUAAACUCACUACAGAGGUGGAGGGACAGGUCAACAGCGAACUGGCCAUCAAGCACUUCAACGCUUCGGAUGCUGGCAAAUACAAGGUCCGAGCAGUAAGCUUGGCGGGCGAAGCCGUAUGCGAGGCGGAGAUAUCCCUAGCGCGCGCGUCGCCCGGCUUCGUCCACAAGCUGGAGAAGCAGAAGGACGUCGACGAGGGCGAGCCGCUCGAGCUCAAGUGCAAGGUGGACGGCAGCCCCAUUCCUGUCGCCAAGUGGUACAAAGACGGCGUGGAGCUCCCCAAAGACGACAGCCGCGUGAAGCAAACCGCGCUGCCUGAUGGUACCAUCAAGCUGAGCAUCGAGCGCGCCGAGCCCGCCGACUGCGGCGCCUACAAGCUGGUCGUCUCCAACCCGCACGGCGACCAGGCGGCGCAGUGCGCGGUCGCCGUCAACCCGACCCCGCGCAAGCCGUCGUUCACGCAGGAGCUGGAAGACGUGAAGGCGGUAGUUGGACAGCCCUUCAAACUCGAGGCGCGCGUCAUGGCCUUCCCCGCGCCCGAGGUCAAGUGGUUCAAGGAUGGGCUGCCGGUGCGUCCGUCGCAGGCGGUGAACUUCAUCAACCAGCCGGGCGGCGUGGUGGGGCUGAGCGUGGACUGCUGCCGGCCCGAGGACGCCGGCCGCUACGAGCUCACCGUCGCCAACAAGCUGGGCGAGGUCGCAUCGAAGGCAAAGGUGGAGCUGACGCAGAAGGAGCGCAAGCCGGCGUUCAUCGCGGAGCUUAUGCCGACCAAGGUCAUCGAGGGCUUCCCCGUCAAGCUCGAGGUCAAGGUCUUGGGCUUCCCGCCGCCCACCAUCAAGUGGACCCACAACGGCAAAGAGAUCGUCCCGGACGGCACGCGCGUCCGGGUUGUAUCGCAGCCGGACGGCUCGCACGCGCUGCUCAUCGACAAGGCCACCGCCGCCGACGCCGGCACCUACGGCGUCAUGGCCAUCAACGACAAGGGAGAGACCGGCAGCAGCGCUGAACUCACUGUUGCUAGUCGCACUGACGACUCCAACCCGCAAGAGCGCCCGCGUCUCAUCCACGGCCUCCGCGAUACCACUGCCGAGGAGGGCCAGCCCUUGCUGCUAUCUGCUCCCUUCGUUGGCAACCCUGUGCCUGAAGUGGCCUGGACCAAGGACGGCCAGCCGCUGAAGCCUAGUGAAAGGGUUCUGCUCACUUGUGAUGGCAAGAGGGUGGGACUAGAGAUCAGCGAGGCAGAACUGCCUGACGCGGGCAAGUACGGCGUGACGCUGGUCAACCCUCUCGGCGAGGACAACUCUGAAGCGGCGGUCAACGUGCGCAAGGUCUACACGCCGCCCACUUUUUCACAGCGGUUCACUGACCUACAGCAGCUCCCGAAGUUCGACGCCAAAUUCCCGGCGCGUGUUCUCGGCGUUCCCGCCCCAGAAAUAUCCUGGUACAAGAACGGUGCACCGCUACGUCACGGGGACAAAUACAACAUCAAACGGGACGGCGACGCCUGCUGCCUCUACGUGCGAGACUUGGUUCCAGAAGACGCUGGCACCUACAAGUGUGUGGCCAAGAACAGGGAGGGUGAAGCCUCGUGCGAGGCGGCCUUGGACGUGGUGGACAAGAUUGCAAGAAAGCAGAAGGUGGAGCCCCCAGCGUUCCUGAAGAAGAUCGGCGACACCGAGGUGUUCCGCGGCAUGAGCGCCAAGUUCACCGCCUGCGCCACCGGCACGCCCGACCCCGACGUCGAAUGGUUCCGCAACGGAGAGAAGCUAUUCCCUUGCGAGCGCAUCCGCAUGGACAAGGAGACCACUGGCCUCUUACGCCUGACCAUCAGCGGCGUGGACCCCAGCGACGUCGGCGCCUACACCUGCCGCGCCUACAACCCGCACGGCGAGGCCUCCUGCACCGCGCAGCUGACAUACGACACCCUCGAGCCGACAACACACAAGCGUCCCAUCGGCGAGCAGUACUCAGACUUCGACAAGAUGAAGCAGACAGGCAUUCCCAUGCCACUUUCCGACCCGCCAAUCAUCUCCCGGAUGACUGACCGACACCUCACGCUGUCCUGGAAGCCUUCUAUUCCACACGGGCCAAGGUUCCCGGUCACAUACCAGGUGGAGAUGUGCGAAGUCCCCGACGGCGACUGGUUCACCGCCCGCUCGGGCCUCCGUUCCUGCGUGUGCGACAUCCGGAACUUAGAACCUUUCCGGGACUACCGCUUCCGGGUCCGCGUGGAGAACCGGCACGGGGUCAGCGACCCGUCGCCGUACGCCGCCACGCACCGCGCGCGACUCGAACCCGAGCCGCCAAAGUUCGUGCCCUACCUCGCGCCCGGCAUCGACUUCAGGCCAGAGACCUCGCCGUACUUCCCUAAAGACUUCGACAUCGAGCGUCCGCUGCACGACGGCUACGCACAAGCGCCGCGCUUCCUGCGCCAGGAGCACGACGCUCAGUACGGCGUGAAGAACCACAACGCGAGCCUGUUCUGGUUCGUGUACGGGUACCCCAAGCCCAAGAUCACGUACCUGUUCAAUGAUGAGCCCAUCGAGAUUGGAGGUCGUUAUGAUUGGAGCUACACCAGGAAUGGACAGGCUACGCUGUUUAUUAACAAAAUGCUCGAGCGCGACGCGGGCUGGUACGAGGCCGUAGCCACCAACGAGCACGGCCAAGCUCGUCAGAGAGUUCGUCUAGAACUCUCAGAGUACCCAACCUUCAUCCGCCGCCCUGAAGAAGCUGUCGUCCUGGAGCGGAAGACGGUCCGCAUAGAAGCGCGAGUUACUGGCGUGCCGUAUCCAGAUAUCAAGUGGUACAAGGACUGGCAGCCGCUCGCAGCCAGCACCAGGAUCAAGAUCCAGUUCAUCGAGCCGGACACGACGGUGCUGACGAUCCACGACUGCAUCCUCAAGGACGAGGGGCUGUACUCGGUGUCGGCCCGCAACGUGGCCGGCGCCGUCAGCUCCUCCGCCAUGCUGCACGUCGAGGAGGACGAGCACCACUACUCCGAUAGGAUCCGCGAGCACCCGCCGCGCGUGAAGGCCAGCACGAAGCCCUUCGGCGACUUCUACGACCUCGGCGACGAGCUCGGCCGCGGCGUGCAGGGCGUCGUCUACCACGCCGCAGAGAGGCUCACCGGCCGCAACUACGCCGCCAAGAUCAUGCACGGGCACUCGGAACUGAAGCCGUUCAUGAAGAACGAGCUCGAAAUCAUGAACCUGCUCAACCACCGCCACCUGAUCCGCCUGCGGGACGCCUACGAGCACGACCAUACGCUCGCCCUCGUCACCGAGCUCGCGGCCGGCGGACAACUCGUGCGCGACCGUCUGCUGCCCAGCCAGGGAUACACCGAGCGGGACAUCGCCGGCCACGUGCGCCAGCUGCUGCGCGGCCUCAAGCACAUGCACGACAACAGCGUGGCGCACCUCGGGCUCACGAUCGGCGAGCUUCUCCUUUCACACGUUGGCAGCGACGAACUCAAGAUCUGCGACUUCGGUCUAUCUCGCCGCAUCCAGUUCGGCAAGCACGCGUCAUUAGACUACGGCAUGCCAGAAUUUGUUGCGCCUGAAGUGGCAUCAGGCGAAGGUGUAUCCUUCGCCGCUGAUAUGUGGAGUGUGGGAAUAAUUACGUACAUCCUGCUGAGCGGACACUCGCCCUUCCGAGGAAUCAAUGAUCGGGAGACGCUGACGAGGAUCAGGGAAGGCAGAUGGGAAUGGCACGACGAAGAAUGGUGGUCGCGCCUGAGCCGCGAGAGCCGGGACUUCAUCAGCAAACUACUCGUGUACAACUGGCACGAGCGUAUGGACGUGGACACGGCGCUGCAGCACCCUUGGCUGACGCUGGCCGAUAAGGUCUACCAAGAGGAGUACCACAUUUCGACUGACAGGCUGAGGAACUACUACAACUUGUACCGGGACUGGACGGGCAACGCGGCGUGCCGUACGUGGUUCCGGCGGCGGCCGCUGUCCGGCGCCUUCGAGCACCCCUCCAAGAUGGUCUACCCGCCGGGAGAGGUCUACACGCCGGAGGGUACUCCCGAAAGAGAGCGCUCGUCCCGCGACCGCUCGGCCGGCUGGGACCUCAAGUUCAAGCAGUGGGAGCACCCCGACUGGGAGGUCUCCGCCAAGUCAGAGAGCCACUACCAGAACGGGCCGGACACGUAUCUCCUACAACUUCGCGACGUGCAAUUCCCGGUGCGUCUCCGCGAGUACAUGAAGGUGGCGUGCCACCGCUCGCCCGGAUACAGCAUCAGCGUGCACGACACAUACGACCCCAGGACACCAAUCAUCCGCGAGCGGCGGCGCUUCACCGACAUCAUGGACGAGGAGAUCGAGGACGAGCAACGCGAGCGCAUCAACAACUACGGCGCCGAGAGCUACACCAUCCGCCGCCUGCGACACGAGCUCGGCACGCGCCUCGACUCCUACGCCGAGGCCCAGGCGCUCAUGGACGCCAAGCGCGACGGACAGACGCCCUUCUUCCGCGAGCGGCCGCAGCUGCUGCCCGUCAGGGAGGGCGAACCAGCUCAACUGUCGUGCUACGCCGUGGGCGACCCGAAGCCCAGCGUGCAGUGGUUCAAGAACGACAUGGUGCUCGCCGAAGGAACCCGCGUCACCAUCAGCGAGGACGAAGAAGGACGCUCUGUAUUGCGCUUCUCACCUGCGAUGCACCACGACGUCGGCUUCUACAAGGCCGUCGCGCGCAACAAGUGCGGACAGACCGUAGCUCGCACGCGAGUAGUCGAAGCAACCACGCCUAACGCCCCCGAUAGUCCCCAAGCUACUGAAACAUCCGACACUGAGGUCUUACUGCGUUGGAAGCAGCCUAAAUACGAUGGGAACUCGCCGGUGCUAUGCUAUGGACUGCAGUACAAACGCGGCGACAGCGUGGAGUGGAAGGACAUCGCCAAUAACAUCGACCACGAGUUCUUUGUCGUACGCGAUCUUACACCCGACACUAGCUACCAGUUCAGGCUAUCCUCGAGGAACAGGAUCGGCUGGAGCGACAAAGGCAUCCCUACAAACCUGAUCAAGACCAAAGCAUCUGGAGCGCCCAAGAUCGAAGUCACCAAAGCCAUGAAGCACCUUCAACAGAUCACAGAAUCCGGUCAAGAAGUGUCAUUAGACGAGCAGCGACCACGCUUGGACUACAGUACUGAGGAGAAACCGGUAGAAUGGGACUCCUCGGAUGCCUUCACAGAACGCUACAGCUUCAUCUCCGAAUUAUGGCGCGGCAAAUUCUCCAUCGUCGUCAAGGGCGUAGACAAGACCACCGACAACGUCGUCGUAUCCAAGAUCCUGGAGAACAGACCAGAAACCGAAGUCCAGAUCAAGAGGGAGUUUGAAUGUCUACGAAGGCUCAGGCACGAGAGGAUAUCGAACUUGUUAGCCGCUUACCAGGCGCCCGGCUCGCCUGUUACCGCGCUCAUUUUGGAAAAACUACAAGGGGCUGACGUCUUGACGUACUUAUCCAGCCGUCACGACUACACGGAACAGAUGGUAGCGACCAUCGUCACACAAAUCCUGGAUGGACUUCAGUACCUGCACUGGCGAGGCUACUGUCAUCUGGACCUGCAGCCCGAUAACGUUGUCAUGGCGUCUGUCAGGUCGAUCCAGGUCAAAUUGGUGGACUUCGGAUCAGCGCACAAGGUCACGAAGUUGGGAACUAGUGUGCCGCAAGUGGGAGACUUAGAUUACAAAGCGCCUGAAAUCGUGAACGACGAGCCGGCGUACCCUCAAACCGACAUCUGGUCGUUGGGUGUCCUAACAUACAUCAUGCUGUCGGGCGUGGCGCCCUUCCGCGGCUCCGACGACGCCGAGACCAAGCAGAACAUCUCCUUCGUGCGGUACCGCUUCGAGCACCUCUACAAGGAGAUCACGCAGGAGGCGACGCGGUUCCUGAUGUUCCUGUUCAAGAAGGUUCCUCUGAAGCGGCCGACGGCCGAGGAGUGCUACGAGCACCGCUGGCUCACGCAGAGCGACUUCAUGAACAAGAAGCGAGAGCGCGCCGUCUUCCUCGGGAACAGAUUGAAGGAAUUCUCCGACGAAUACCACGAGCAGAAGGCGGCCGUGGCGUCACAGGCGGACUCCGUCGCCGCCGCCUUCGGCAAGAUGGCGCCCAGGCACCUCACGCGCUCCAACAGCAUCCAGGAGGAACUCUUCACAAACUUCUCCAGCCACUGACACUCCACACACCGCCACAAACCAUAUCUUUGACCAAAAUAUUUUAAACCAUCUCUGGCUAUUUAUAUGAAUGGGGAUGAAAACGCCAUUAAUAGCUCCACUGACAUAACAACUGGGAUAUAUGCAUCCCUUGGUCGCAGUCACCAACUGAACUCAAGAGACUGUCUCAAGCAGAUUUAAGUAAACGCUUGUAGCUUAAAAAAGAAAGCAGAUUACUCAUCUUCCUCUGGCAGAUCAUAUUGGAAAACAAAAAAUUAAAGAAAGUAUUUCUCCUCAGACAGUAGACGAUUCUUAAAAUAAUUAAGUAAUUGAAAAGCAACAUGUUCUUAUGAUUUUAUAAAUAAAUCAUUCAGAAC